UCUCUUUCACUCAACUGUAUUUCCCGAGAAAAUAGAAUCCGGCCAGCGGAUUUUGGACUCUGCUACUGCAUUUUGCGACCAUUCAUGGAAUCAGCCGAAUAGAAAUCUCUGCGAGCAUUAGGGAGAGAGAGAACUGGAAUACUCGGAGCUCAACGGAGGCACUUCGGAAGCCCUCAACUGCGGCUCAAUCGAGAUCCUUCUCACCGUAAUUUCUUUUUGAAGUGUUUUUGUUUGCAGCACUGACUGAUUGGAUUGCUCCAUUCUGAUUUUCUGUCUUUUAUCUCUCUCAAUCUCGGCGUGUGAGUUGUUUGUUAGUGUAAUUUCCUCUUGGCCCGAGGAAACAGAGCCGUUUUGUCUUUCUUACUAGGGUUUGUCUGAGUUUUUAAGGUGUUUUGAGGGUUUAGUAUAGGAGACGAACGAUAUUUGGAACCCUAGUUUUUGACUGGUUUUUGAAAUUUACAUUUUCAGCGGCUUGGUACUUGGUCUAAACUCAUGGCAUUUGAUCAGAACGCGAUUCCCACUGGCUUGCGGCCUUUAAAUGUAGCUAGAACUUUAGUUGAAGAUCCCCAUUUAACGCCGGUUGCUACUGCUGGGCGUAAUCCCCAAUGGGUUGCCCCCAAGCUUCCCUGCGACAUUGCUAACACAGACUCUGUACCCGUUCCUUGUAAGGGAAAUGUCUCCGAUAUGGGAUUUAUUGAGGGAGGAUAUGGAAAUGUGGUUACUGGCGUUACGGCUUGGUGCCCUCGAAUGCCUCCUCCUCUCGCGCACACUGCAAUGGUUCCUGCGGCAGGGUUUGGUUACUGCUCGAACCUGAAUGCCUGGGGCAAUCGUGGUGGUGCCAAUGCUAUUGAGUUUGCUAGCAGUUGCAUGACAGUUGGGAUUAAUCAUAGUACAAAUUUGAGUCAUCGAGAUGGGGGAGGUGGCAUGGAAUAUUCGAGCAAUAAUAUCGUAAUGGGGUCUGGGGAUAGUACCAAUUUAUGCAAUAAGGUUGCUGCCAACGGUGAUCAUAUCAGUAGUGAUAGCACCUCUGGAUUUAGCUCCCCCUUGGGGAAUUCAGCUGGUGGGAAUGCGGUUGAUCAAGUGAGAGAGGAGGGGGGAAACAGUUCCGUUCCGAAAAAGAAAGUUAAGUUUAUGUGCAGUUUCGGUGGCAAGAUUUUUCCAAGACCGAGUGAUGGUAUGUUGAGAUAUAUUGGAGGUCAAACAAGGAUUAUAAGUGUUAGAAGAGAUGUGACUUUCAAUGAGUUUGUGCGAAAGAUGGUUGAUACCUGUGGGCAGGCUGUGGUUAUAAAGUAUCAGCUCCCUGAUGAGGAUCUUGACGCUUUAGUAUCUGUUUCAUGCCCUGAUGAUCUUGAUAAUAUGAUGGACGAGUAUGAGAAGCUGGUUGAGAGGUCUUCAGAUGGAUCUGCUAAAUUGAGGAUGUUUUUGUUCUCUGCUUCAGAACUUGACUCUGCAGGUAUGGUGCAAUUUGGCGACGUACACGAUAGUGGGCAGAGAUAUGUUGAAACAGUGAAUACGAUAUUUGAUGGCGUAGGUGGCCGUAUUACAAGGAAAGAGAGCUUUACAAGUGCUACCUCAACUCAGAAUUCUGACUUAAGUGCGACCGAGGCAAUGGAUAUCUCAUAUAACGAUCUAGGGGUUGUGGGUGAGCCUCCAUCCACAACAUUGUCCGUACCUGAAGGAAAUUUAGGUACUUCAGUUGCUAUUGGCCCUGGAUUAGUGAAGGUAGAUACUGUCUCUGCAGUUUUUGUAGAUGCCUCGGCUGUUCCAUCAAGUAUUCCUGUGAUUAACUCUGUUCCUCCUGAAAGUUCUUCCCAGCCAGAGGCGGAGUUAGGAAGGUCGGUGCCUGCUACUCUGAUGCAACAGCAACCAGAUAUUGGCUUUCCUCCACCUGUGCCUCAAUUGCAGCCUACUGUUGAUCCUCGCCAAGCAGCAUGUGUGGACUUUAUACAAUUUCGUCCACAGCUAGGCUUUUCAAAUUCUCAUCAUCUUGGGACAUCUGGGUCUAUGUUUAUACAACAGCCAAAUACUCUUGGAAUAACCCCUCAUCAGUUUGUCCCUGCAGUUCACAUGAGGAUGGCUCCCUCUUCUAACCUCAGUAUUAUGCCUAAUACCUAUCAAUCGUUGGUGCAAUAUCCACAAUCCCAACCGGAAUAUUUUUCCAACGCAAGCACAUCUGGUCCAAGGUUUGUCCAGCUAUCUGCAGAACAAGGCUACAACUCACGCCAGAUUCCAGCUCCUCCAGUAUCAGUGGAGGUUGGAUAUGGUUUACAUCAUGUACCAUGGUCUGAUCAGACAGUUAUAUCUGAUGAAUUGGUAUCCCAACAUCAGGUAACUUUUGCUGACAAAAUCAAGAGGUUGGAUGACUGUUACCUCUGCCAGAAAGCAGUGCCACAUGCUCAUUCCAAUUCAACGUUGCAGGAUAAAAGAGAAAAUUUGACAAACCCUGUAUCUGAUUCAAAAUUUUCGUAUUACAGUCACCACCCUGAAGAUCAUUUAGCAGCCCAUCCAAUGAAAAAUAUUACAGAAACUGGAGCUUUGGGGCAACAAACUAUUGAACAUGGUGUUGGAAUGCAAACCAGGAUAUUUAAUCCCAUGGAUCCAGAAGUUGAAAAAUCUUCAGUGGAGGCUAUUGGCUUCCCACAUCAUAUGGGCAGUCAACAUGAGAACGACAACACACUAAAAGAUCGACCUAAUAUUGAUCAUAGUAAGAUCUCAGCUCUGCAGGGUGCUCUUGGGAGGCAAGGUGAUUUUCCGUCACCCCAUGUUGCUGUUGUAGAACAGAUUCCUCAGCCUGGUGAAGUUGAUACUCUCCAGCGCCAGUAUGCAGCUGUAGAGAAUCGGUUCCAUCCAAAUUUAGACGUGGAUAAACACAAUAUUUGCUUUGGAGGUGCUCCUAUUCUUGCUUCAGAGUACAGCAGUCAUGAAAAUCCAAAGGUUUAUUCUAAUAGUCCUCAUGGCAUUAUUCCAAAUCAAAAUGCUACCCACACUGGAAUUUGGUACGACCAUCUCAGACCAAUUGUUGGAAAUUUGGAAAGUUUAAGUAUAUGCCCAACUGAUAUUUGUCCUAAUCUGGAUCACUGCAAAUCACCCACUGAAAGAACUAGGAAGGAGGACAAUUUUGGUAGCUGUUCACAACCAGUCUCUGAGAUAAAAGUUCUACUUGAUAACAACUCUGUAAAGCCAAUAGUGGUUCUCGACACAAAUCAUGUGAAAUCAACUACUUUUGCUUGCUCUUCAUCAGAGGUUCCCUAUUUGAUGAGUGAACGACCUGUUGAGUCCAGUGAAGUGGCACAACCUCCUGUCGGGGGCUAUCCUGGAACAUUAACACAAUCAGAAAAUGGGAUACAACCUCCUGUUGAGUCCAAUAAAGUAUGUCUUAGCAGAAAUCCCCAGUUAUUUGACACGAAGACUGAACAUACGAAUAAUCAAGUCCCAGUUUCUGCUGAGUGGAAGGAGGACACUUCUCUAUUUGAAUCUAGGAUGGUAUCUGGUGAUGUUGAAUCUGAAUCUUUGCCUACCAGGACUGGAAAUGUGCAGGACACUGCAAAUUCACUCUUCAGCAAUCAGGAUCCUUGGAACUUACAGCAUGAUGAUCAUCUUUUGCCUCCUAGACCAAAUAAAAUUCAACCAGGGAGUGAAGCUGUUACCACCAGGGAACCCUUGACAGAAAGUCCUUUCAGGAAUAUUGGUGAACUAAAAAUGGAAGCAUUUAUGGAUGAUGGAGUCUGUCACCCAUUGGUUAAGUCAAACAAGGGCUCUUCAGAGGAACAAAUUAAGAAAGAUCUUCAAGCUGUUGCUGAGGGUGUAGCUGCUUCUGUUCUUCAGUCAGCUCAAUCCUCCAACUCCGACUUGCAUGAAAAAAGUGAUUCAGUUUGUGAGAUUAGCACAGAAGGAGAUGUUCAAAAUAAUGAUGAUGUCAGGACAAGACAUUCAGAAAAAUCAAAUCUCGGUUUUCCAAUGUCAGAAGGCUUUAGCCACUUGCAGGUAAUAAAGAAUAGUGACCUUGAAGAACUAAGAGAAUUGGGGUCUGGCACCUUUGGCACCGUUUACCAUGGAAAAUGGAGAGGGACUGAUGUUGCUAUCAAACGAAUCAAUGAUAGGUGUUUUGCUGGGAAGCCUUCUGAACAAGAUCGCAUGAGGGAAGAUUUUUGGAAUGAAGCAAAUAAGCUUGCUGAUUUGCACCACCCAAAUGUGGUUGCUUUUUACGGUAUUGUGCUUGAUGGUCCUGGAGGCUCUGUGGCAACAGUAACAGAAUAUAUGGUUAAUGGCUCGCUCAGAAAUGCUUUGUUGAAGAAUGAAAAGAGUCUUGACAAGCGUAAGCGCCUCUUGAUUGCUAUGGAUGUGGCUUUUGGUAUGGAAUACCUGCACAGAAAGAAUAUAGUGCACUUUGAUUUAAAAAGUGAUAAUCUGCUCGUUAACCUUCGAGAUCCUCAUCGCCCAAUAUGCAAGGUUGGCGACUUGGGCCUAUCCAAGGUGAAACGUCAGACAUUGAUAUCAGGUGGUGUGCGGGGAACACUUCCUUGGAUGGCACCCGAGCUUUUGAAUGGGAGCAGCAAUAUGGUGUCCGAGAAGGUUGACGUGUUUUCCUUUGGUAUCGUCUUGUGGGAGCUCCUCACUGGAGAAGAACCUUAUGCAAAUUUGCAUUAUGGGGUUAUCAUAGGUGGCAUAGUAAGCAACACAUUGCGCCCGGAAGUACCGGAAUCUUGUGAUCCAGAAUGGAGGUCACUGAUGGAGAGAUGCUGGUCAUCAGAACUAUCAGAGAGGCCAAGCUUCACUGAAAUUGCACAUGAAUUGCGCUCCAUGGCUGCUAAGGUUCCCCCGAAAGUACCCAAUCAGCAGCAGUAGCUCUCUUCACCCAACUUCAUCUCCAUGUUCAGGUGUGACAAUUUGCUUCUCUGGUGGCCCCUUCCUCUUUGCCUAUGUUUCAGAAUCGCGAAAUGGAAGUACGUUUCUCUAGUUUUGGGAUUGG